AUGGGAGGAAACUGUAGUGACCCCAAGAACCAGGGGCCGGAUUUACUCAGCUCUCUCGUAAACGCUGCCUCUCGUAACACUUACGGAGAGUGUAGGGUUCUCGUAACCGUUACGACUGCAUUUAUUAUUGCUAGCCUGGAACCCAAAACUGGACUUACAGUCGAAGCUGAAGCCUACCUUUGCAUCAGGUCAAGUUCUACUGAAUAUCCACAUCCUAUAUUUAAGGCCAUUUCCGUCUACAAAAUGAAGUUCUUGGCCACUGCUGUCAUCUUGUGCCUCGCUGUGCUGUACACUCAGGCUUUACCAGCCGAAAUGCCAUCUUCACCACUGCUGCUGAGUCGGGUGGCCAGGUCACCUCAGUUCCCUCCCCGAGACUGUGUCCCGUGCAAUUGUAAAACCAAGAUCACUCACAUUACCAUAAUCGAACAUGAAGUAAGGCCAGCAGCCACAAGGUUCGGCGGCAGCCCCCCGUGCUGCCCAUGCCCUCCACCUCCCUUCUGAUGCCGCUGCUUCUCAUGGACCGAUGACGUCAAUCUUCUCAAUAUGCUCUAGACGGAAAAUCAUAAAAAUCAAGUAAAAAACACUAAACAAACUAAAUGGUAUAUUAUUAUUGAAUGUAUUCAUAUGCAAAUAAAAUUGGUAUAAC